GCGCGUCUGUCCAGCAUGUCCCUGAGCCCCGGCAGAAACGCCUGCACGCCCUUCUCGGUCACCGACAUCCUGCAUCAGGGCCCCAUGGAGGACGUGUACCGGAGGUUCGGCGGGGCGGUGGAGGCCGGCCCGGGGAGCCUGUACCGGUACCAGCAGCACGCCGCCGCCGCUGCAGCUGCAGCAGCGGCCGCCGCCGCGCAACAUCAGCACCAGCACCAGCAUCAGAACCUCCAUCAGCACCAGCAGCAGCACCUCUCCGCUUCCUCCUCGGCCUCGGGCUCCUACAACGCGCCCACCGGCGUAUCGCACUUCUCGGGAUCGGUGGGGGGGCUCUGCGGCGGCGGCGGGGGUGGGGAGAUGCCUGCCUACCAGGACCAGUCCAGGGGGGUCGGCCCAGCGGCGGCGGCCUGGUACAGCGGCCCCGAAACAAGAUACGCGCCAAUUUCCCGCUUGGUGAGCUCCUGCGGCGGGAUGGGCAUGCAUGGCGGGAUGUCCGGCGGCCUAUCGGCCUUGGACGCCGGCAUGAAGUCGGCGUUGUCGGCCCCCCCGCGGAGGAAGCGUCGGGUCCUCUUCUCGCAGGCGCAAGUGUUCGAGCUGGAGCGCCGCUUCAAGCAGCAGAAGUACCUCUCCGCCCCCGAAAGGGAGCACCUGGCCGGCCUCAUCCACCUCAGCCCGAACCAGGUCAAGAUCUGGUUCCAGAACCACCGCUACAAGCUCAAGCGGCAGCUGAAGGACUGCAAGGCGGCCCAGCACCAGCACGACCCCGGCCGCUCGUCCUCCACCUCCCCGAAGGUCGUCAAAGUUGCCAAGCCGAGCCGGGGCGACUCCAUCCCGGUGACCGACGCCAAGCUGACCGCGGGCCAGCAGUUAGAGCGGGUCGCCCGGGAGGAGCUGGAGGACCGGGAGGACGCUUCGCCCAGCCCACCGAUGGGUCUGCACGCACACACGGACACGGCGCUGCUCGACUACACCGGCGGUAUGCUCGGUUCAUCGGUGGGCUCCACUUUGCUAUACGGCAGAACUUGGUAGGACGGAACCGGACUUCCACGGAAAUGAAGACGGAACAAUAUCGAAUUGAGGACAACAACGUUUUUAAUUUUUUUUUUUUUUUUUUUGGGUGUGUGAUUCUUUGGAGGACAAACUCUGAGCCAAAGUUGGUGCUGCUUCGAAAGUGAGAACUUUUUUUUUUUUUAAUGAGCUCUAAUUUCAGCUUCCAGCCUGAAAUGCUCUUUGUUGCUAAUUUUGUCAAUAAAUAUG